AUGCCGACACCACUUACUCCCGAGCAAAUUCGACAGUUUGAACUCAAUCGUCUGAAAGCGAAGCAGAAGCAACGCCAACGUGAAGAGGAAAUAUCCACCUCGUCGGCACUCAACAGCAAUAAAAAGCGGCCUAUAGGAGUAAUACCUUUCACUUCAAACUCGCGUAACAGUGCAGGAUCUUCGGCUCGGCCAUUGCAGCGCGACUCGCGGCUUGGCACAUACUUUGAAUAUGACUUAUCAAAAAUGGUAAACUCAAAAGGCGGCUUCCUUGUCGAAGACGAUAAAGAUGCCGACAAGGAGGUCAGGCGAAAGGAGAAGGAACGGGAAAGGCAGAGGGCAAGACAGAACCAGGAGCCGGCUAUCUCACUAAAUCCCGACUUGAACCCAAAAUGCUGCGAAUGUCAAACCAUAGAUAUCGACCAUACAUAUAAGAAAAUUUUCAAAUGCUUAGUAUGCAAACGAUGCCAAGACGAAAAGCCGGAGAAAUACAGUCUUCUCACCAAGACAGAAUGUAAAGAGGAUUAUCUGCUGACAGACGGUACUUGUGUCGAAACCCAUCUUUUAGCUGAACUACGCGACCAAGAACUUCUACCGCACUUGCUCAAGGCGAACCCUCACAAAGCUACGUUUGCUAAUAUGAUGCUAUUCCUCCGUUGCCAGGUCGAAGAUUUCACAUGGAAGAAAUGGGGGUCUCCGGAAGAAUUAGACGCGGAAUACGAACGACGAGUGGCCGAAAAGAAGAGAAAGAAAAAUAAGAAGUUCGAGCAGGGACUGAGGGAUCUUCGCAGAAGAACAAAGGAAGGGAUAUGGCAGAGAAGAAAGGACGAAGAGCAUGUGCAUGAAUAUGGGCCAGCAGAGCGAGGAGCUGAUGGGAUUACAAGACAGACGUGUGAUGAAUCAGAGCACGAGCAAAUAUCUACUGCGCUCGAGGUAGAACGGCUCGAGGUGAACCUUUUUCGCUCUAAAUCCCUUUGGAUGCCCACCCGUGCUCGCGGUGUCUUUGGAGGACAGGUGAUCAGUCAGGCUCUAGUUUCUGCUACAAACUGCGUAAAUCCAGCAUACGGCUUGCAUUGUUAUUUUCUCACAAGCGCAUCUCCUGCCACACCAAUCGUUUACUAUGUCGAGCGCCUCCGUCAAGGACGGUCUUACGCCUCUCUAUGCGUCAAAGCCGUGCAGAAUGGAUCCAUGAUAUUCAUUUUGAUGUGCUCGUUUCAAAAGCCUGAACCUUGGCAGCCAUCGCACCAGUGGUCCAUGCCUGACGUUCCAACCCCAGAGGAAUGCGACUUGGAAGAAGACCAUAUGCUCAGGGAUAGCAAUGGAGACAACAUGACUGCAAGAAUUAAGCAUAUCCUCAAACUAUAUGCGGAUGAGAGGACAAAAAGUCCUAUUGCUAUCAAACGGGCGAAGGAACAUGAAAUAACUGCAGAAGGCAGUACUAGGUAUAUGUAUUGGAUGAAAGCAAAGAAUAUUCCACAGUAUGAGGCGCAUUUUCAAAAGUGUAUCCUCGCAUAUCUAUCGGAUCUGUACUUCAUCAGCGUCGCGGGUAGAAUUUUAGGUCUAGCACGCUAUUCAAAAGGUCCUGAUGCAUUGGCUAUCGAUACCGUUGACUGCGGUGAUUGGCUGCUAUACACAAUGGAAUGUCCAAGGGCUUCCUCAGGCCGCGGCGUCAUGAGAGGACAGAUAUUUACCCGCCGUGGAACCCUAGUUGCUGUUACAACGCAAGAAGGCGUCGUCCGAGCAAAUAUACGCGGGCCUGCCGAACAAGUGAAGGUUCCUACCAAGCUAUAG